CGCCAGGAUAUGUGAACGUUACAGUAUUAUUUUGCAUCGGAAUGGGAAGCUGCACAUUUUAAAUACCGGUCCCUCGAACAAUCUAGAGAUUCCACGCGCGUCAACUCGCGGCGACGACAGCAGGAUGCUGCUGCCGGAGAAGCGCGUGGGCGUCUGCGACCACGAGGCGCUUGUUGGCCAUGGAAGGGUCCGUGGCAUCGCGGUCGUCCAGGUGCAAUGUGCUCAACAGCGCGGCACUCUUGUCAUACCGUCCCAGUGCCCAUUCGCAGCGGGCCAUGUGAAACACAUUUUCCCAUUCGUGCUCCACGUUGGCCUGCAUCAAAGCGUAAGGUGUUCUUCGAGAAGAGCUGGCGGCGCGGAUGGAGAAGGCGUACCAAGCGACCGUACACGUCCAAUGCGGCAGCAUGGUUGCCCAGCAGCGAGUACACUUCAGCUAAGAGGAUCUUCGCAAGCCAAGAAGAGCAUUCAGCUUUUGGGGCAAUCAAGACCAGGCGCAUGCACGGUACCAUGUUUUCCCGAACUUCCGUGUCGUCGUAUUUCAAAGCGCUUUCCAGGCACCCCACGACGCGCUCGAGUGUUGCUGUGUCGUCUUGGGUGUCGAGAACGAGAGUGUGGGCCAGGUGUGUGUACGCUCGUCCAAACGACGGGUCCUUGGUGAUGGCAUUUGCGAACUCAUUGCUACAUCAGCACACAUUCAUUAUAAGUUGUUUCCAGGUUUGCACCUUACCAAGCGGCUGUGGUGUUGCCGAGUGCGAGCAACGACAACGCAUACGAAAAGUGUUCCAUCGCAACAUCAUGUCCUUUUAGGGCAAGUACUGCGUCGUCGCUCGCAAUGAAGCGAUCCCCAAGCGCUUUGCUCACACGUUUCACUUCCUCAGUCUCGUCGCCACUGACCUUUGUUGCAUCGACGACACGAAGGGUUGCCUUGUCAAGGGGGGUUGAGUAAUCGCCUCGGCGAAAGCGGAGGAUGCCCUUCAAGGCGUCCCAGAACGUCGCGCUGUCGAACACCUCGGGUGGUGGUGGAGGUGGUGGCUCUUCCACGACGACCGGUGCUUCCACCGGCUGCUCCACCACCGCCUGCUUCGCGCGCUUUCGGCGCAGGAAACUCAACCGCCCGCCCAUAUGGAGAUGUGGCAAUUGAAACGGCUGAUGUAUCCGGAUACCGCGACGUUCCGGAUGGCGAACGUUCGUAUCCGGAUUGCCGCCAUUUUCACACGAGGUGGCGGCAUGAGGGUGGACACUCCGGAGAUCCGGUGGCAUUACGGUCCAACGGGGCUGAACGAAGCAGUCCUGACCAUCGACUACCUGCGGCGGCCUAUCUUGCCGUCUGCUGCAACGGGUGGAGAGAUCGACACCAUGAGCUCGACGCCUGUGGCGGCAGAUGUGCCGUCCUCUUCUUCCCGUAGUACACCCCAGCAAACAUCGCUCCCGACUGUGCUUGCAACGGCAGGAUCUGACAAAGAAGUGCGGCUGUGGAUCAUGCCAACAGACGAUCCAUUGCCUGUCUUCGUGUACACCCUGUCAGCCCACGAUCGCAGCGUGAACUGCGUUCGGUUCUCUCCUGACGGGUCCAUCCUCGCGUCGGCAAGUGACGAUUCCACAAUCGUGCUGUGGUCGCGACCGAAACAUUUGGUCGAUGACGACGCUUCGUCGUGGGACUGGAGUACCGUCGCCAGCAACAGCGACGUCGGCCGCGUCCUCCUCGCCUGCGGUCACAAGGGCGACAUCACCGACCUGAGCUGGUCCCCCGACAGCCAGUACUUGUGCUCCGUGUCCGUCGACAACACCGCGUCGAUUUGGCACGUGCCGACUGCGAAAUUGAUCGAGAAGCGGAAGGACCAUUCGCAGUUCGUCCAGGGCGUGGCAUGGGACCCCCUCAGCGAAUUCCUCGUGACGACGGGCAACGACCGGUCCGCCCGCAUCUACGCUCUCCACGGGUACCAUGGCUUUCCAACGUCUGGAGCCCCUGCAUCGAAAAAGAAAAAGUGCCAACUCCUGCACACGAAUCGAUCGCUCGGGCCAAAAGACUGUGCCGCUGCUGUGACUGCGUCGACCGUGGCUGACACACCCGUGGCACACCCCACAUCGUCCGACCUAGUCAAAGCUCCAAAGCAACUCCUCUUCCACGACGAUACCUUUCCAUCCUUCUCACGCCGACCAACGUGGACCCCCGACGGAAACUUUUGCAUCUUCCCAGCAGGACUCGCCCCUCGCGACGACUCGACACAUGCCACACCAACACACACCGCUUACGUCUAUGCGCGGGGCAACUUGCUUGAGCCCGCCUUCCACCUUCCUGGCCAUGAAAAGGGCGCGUUGGCCAUCCGUUGCAGCCCCGUGCUCUACGCCCUUCGCGGCGUCCCCACGGCCCGCAACACAUUUGGGCUCCCGUACCGCGUCAUCUUUGCCGUCGCGACGCUUACGUCCGUCGCGAUUUACGACUCGCAGCUUCCUCGCCCGAUUUGCGUCGUCGACCGAGUUCAUUACGCCGACUUGACAGACAUCAGCUGGUCCGCCGACGGAACAGUCCUGGCCGCCGCCUCCCUCGACGGCUACGUGAGCUUGAUCACGUUGACGGAGGCUGACGUCGGCGCGCCUGUGCCGCCCGAAGAUUUGACCAGGCUCUUGGCAGCCCAGCGCGCCAAGAUGAUGCACAACAUGCCGCGCGGCCGAAAGAAACCUCCCGCCACAGUGUCCCCCGCUCCGCCACCUGCCCCAGCAACGACUACGCCCGACAAAAAGGACACACUCGUUGCGAAGAAACUCAAACCGUCCGACGGAGCCACGACGUCGAUCCGGCAAUUUACUACCGUCAUGUCUCCUGACGUGGCGUUCGACUCGGCCAACAUGCCCAUGACUAGCGUCCCCCCCGACCAGUCUGACGGAGCACUGCCGCCGAUGGUCCACACCGUCGCGGUCCGAAAAAAGAGGAAAAUCGCGCCAGUCUUGGUCACAGCGACGCCCGCCAGGACUGUCGCACGUGCCAACGACUCGUCAAAGCACAGCGCCACGGGGAUGGCAGCGUCCCCGACGAAGAGCAUUUGCACGUCAUCUGCUGCUGCUACCCCCAUCGACUUGACCAUGGACGCCAGCGCCGACGGAUCAGAGACCAUCGACGAGGCCAGGAACAACUCGAGUGACACGUAAAGCACGUGAUCAUGUUUAUGGCAAUUCAAACACUUUGAUUGUCUUGAACACGACAAAGUACCCGUACGCGGCGCCGAGAGCAGCCAGCACGAUGAUGUUGACCCAGUUGAGCACCGAGUGACUCUCGGGCGACGACACCUGCGCGCGGACAAGGGCAGCUGCUUGCAGGAGAAAACAGAGGCAGUACGCUUGGCAGAACGUCUUGCGAAUCAGUGCAUCACCCACGAGCCGCGUCUUCCACACGAGCCACCCCUGUGCCAACGUCAACGCGCCGUACAAACGGACGACUUCAUGCACGAGGUGGCCGUACUCGGACGCCCCAAGCGCCGACAUGGCAAGGGAGUGCGGGAGGACGAGACAGCUACCGCCGAUGACAAUCGCAAUGCCAGCAUGUACGAUGAAGAGCGUGUCCAGGCGCCGGCGCACUUCGGUCGUUGACCCUGUGUGCGAUAGCAGCACUUGGUCCCACCACGAUGGCGGCCGUCCUGCCAUCGCGCGAUGUGCCUGUGUGGAGUGUCGUCAGGAUUUAAUAACGUCCGGAUAAUACAAUAAACAAUGGUCAAA